AGACCUGUUUCUGUUGUUAGUAAUGGCGGCUGCAACUUAGUAAAGUAAACAAAAAAUUUAGAAUUGUAGUGUAGUAGAUCUACUUAAAUUUAGGACUCUAGGACCUUGACUAGAGUGUCACUAGAGUACUUUAUAUGUUUUAUUUACAAUCGAGUUACAUGACUAAAAACCAUUGCGCGCCUAUUGAACAUGAUGCCGCGCUAUUGAACGUGGUGACGCGUGUGGAGUAGUUGGAUAGAACUGCCUACUAAUUUGACCAGAGGCAGAUGUCUGGUGAUAUCCUGCAAUCAAGUCAAUCAGAUGAUGAACCCAAAGUACAUUGUGUUGAGACUGGCUGGGACUCGUCUGAUUUAAUGGAGUCAGCUGUAGAUGAGAGGAGUCAGCUUCUAGCUGAUGACGCAACAGUUGACAGUAAGAGGAGCUUUUCAGGUGAAAAGAGCAAGAUCACGAUCUUUGAAGAUGCUCUUCUUCUAUGUGGUUUUGGGCGCUUCCAUCUGUGCUUGCUGCUGCUGUGUGGUUGGGCAGUGUCCAGUGAUGCCAUUGAAGUCUUGUCCAUUAGCUUCUUGCUGCCAUCUGCAACCUGUGAUUUGGCCUUGACCUCAGCUGAUAAAGGCUUGCUCAACUCCAUUGUUUUCCUAGGUAUGCUGGUGGGGGGCUAUGUGUGGGGGUCUCUGGCAGACAAGUGGGGACGUCGCAACAUUCUGGUCUGGUCACUGUUGGUCAAUGGCCUGGGAAAUCUUGGCUCCAGCGUCUCACAGACCUUUUGGCUCUUCCUGGUCUGUAGAUUUGUCAGUGGCAUAGGUGUAGGGGGCAGCAUGCCUGUUGUUUUCACCUACUACACAGAGUUCCAACACAAGUCUAGGCGUGGGGCUAUGAUUAGCGUCCUGGCCACUUUUUGGAUGGCAGGCAACAUCAUAGCUGCAGGUCUAGCAUGGGUGGUCAUCCCCAGAGAGUAUCUGAGUGUGAGCUCCGACAGCUUCAGCUUCCACAGCUGGCGCGUGUUUGUGGCCCUGUGCACAGUCCCUAGUCUCACAUCAGCGGCCAUCUUUGUACUCAUGCCAGAGAGCCCCAAGUUUUUGUUGCAGAUAGGUAAAGAGCAGGAGGCCAUUGCAGUUUUGUCACAAGUGCACUCAGGCAACAAACUGACAACAACAUUCCAGCUUGAGGCCCUAGUGCUGGCAGAAGAAGACAAAGACACCUAUAUGGCUGUUGGAUUUCAUGUCAAACGUACUGGUCAUCCUGGAUGGAGGGUCAAGUACACCAUCUUUAAGCUGUUUGAAUCGACCAUCCAUUUAUUUGGAAAAUCUCUAAGAAGGACAACUCUAAUUUUAUUGCUCAUCAAUUUUACUCUAGCUUUUGGAUAUUAUGGUUUGUUUUUGUGGUUUCCAGAGCUGUUCAGUAGAAUAGACAAAUAUGGUGGUAGCUUCUGUGAUCUGAAGACCGGCAACACCACAGACAACAGCACUGUGUGUGAUCAGCCUGGUGACGCUGUGUACGUGGAAAGUUUUUUGACCUCAAUCUCCAACCUGCCCGGCAAUGUCUUAACUGUGCUCAUUGUGGACAGGAUUGGGAGGAAACCUUUGUUAGCCUCUAGCAUGGUGCUGUCUGGAAUCUCAGUCUUCUUCCUGUGGUUUGUCAAGACACGCUGGCAGAAUGUGCUCAUGUCCUGUCUCUUUGGUGCCAUCUCCGUCUGUGGCUUCAAUAUGCUGGACGUCUUGCAAACAGAGCUCUUUCCUACAGAUGUCAGGUCAACAGCUUUUGGCGUCCAGACAGCCUCGCUGAGGGUUGGUGCUAUUUUAGGUAACAUCAUCUUUGGUGUUCUAGUGGACACCCACUGUGCUGUACCCAUGCUACUGGUGGCUGGACUCUUGGCUUUUGGUGGGCUGGCCAGUAUAGCACUGCCCAACACAACAGGCAGGGAUAUACACUAGAGAUUUAUCUGAAGUCAUGUACAGUUUCUAUACAAAUAAAAAAUUAUUUUUUUAAAACUA